CUUGUUUUUAGGUUACCUGUCAGUUUUCGCAAUUUUUGCUUCUGCAUUUAUUAUUAUAAAAUGACUAUUUUCCUUAGUAAAUUAGUUCAAAAUAAUAUAAAAGUAUUUUUAGUAAGAAACAGUGAUACUCAGUUGUUUACUGUAUCAUACAGAAAUAUAAGCAUAUUGCCCAAUAUAUAUGAUGGCAAAGAGGAUCCUGCUCCGAAAUUCUUUUCACGAAACGUUCAAGUAUUGCUGAAGCGCUUAACCCGGCCUGAUUUUGCCAAAGUUUUCCGUAAAAGAACCAGCAGUGGGAGAGAUGUAUUACCGACACCAAUUUAUAAGUUUUUAACUAAUGAAGCACUAGAAGCGGAGUUAGCAAAAGCUAAUAAAAAGGCGGACCGACUCUUACAGAUGCCACCUGUAGUUAAAAUUCAACAACCAAUUAAUGAAAUAUUGUCUGAAGAUCCUGCCCUUAUUGGAUAUGACACUGCUAAAUAUCUAUUCACGGAUAUAACAUUUGGCAUAGCAAAUGAACACAGAUUGAUUGUAGAAAGGGACCCUGAUGGUACUCUCCGCAGUUGUGAUCAUGAUGUCAGAAAGAGAUUGAAUCAGACAUACUUUCCUUUAAAUGGACGUAAACUAAGAGAACCAGUCAUGUUUACUGAUGAAGAGAGAUUUAAUACCCUUUUAGAACAACAAGAAUAUGAGUUUGUACUGGACCGAGCCUGUUUGCAGUACGAACCAGAUGAGCUUACAUACCAGAAAAUAACCAGCAUCACAUACCAGCAUAUAGAUAUGAACAAAAACUUUGAGAAAUUAAGAUCGACAAGACAUUUCGGUCCCAUGGCUUUCUACAUAACCUGGCACCAGAAUAUGGACAACCUGAUGCUUGAGUUGCUGCAGUCAAGUGCAGUUAGAGAAGCGGUUUUACUUACUGCAUUACGACAUGAGAUUCAUGGUGAUGUGGCCGAAGGAGACAAUGCUAAGAUACUCGCCCAUGAGAUUCUUCCUACGCCGAUACAAUUAACGAAACCAGACCGACUCACGGAAGAAGAUAUUCAACUUGACAACAAAUGCGUGAGUUGCAUAGAGAAAUACAUAGUCAGCAACUCUAUGAUGAAGAGCCAACAGGAAUUAGCUUUACAAGGCUUCAGGGAAUAUUACCAGCAGCUUAUUGAGCUAAGUAGAGGUUUAAAGAAGGCACACGGUACCGCGUAAAACGUUUAGUCACAAAAUAGGGACUACAGAAGGUAAUCUCAUGAAUGUACUUCAUUUUGCAAUUUUGCUCGGCGGUCGCGCUAGGAUUGUCAACUUUGGCUU